CUACAUUUGUUAUACGAAAAGAAAUUAUCAUUCUCAUUUCUCAUGAGUGUCUGACUUCGCUUCAUUAUUCGGCAAAUUCUUUGUUUCUCUGUUUUAAAAUAAACUAAAAUAAGGUUAAAUCCCAAAACAAAUCAAUUUUUUAAUAAGAAAUCAAAAGAAAAAAACAAAUAAACUUCGAAAUGGAUAACUAUAUGUUUGACGGAGGCCGCAUCACCAAGAUGGAAGUCGACUAUGAGCCCAUAUGCGACGAGAAGAUUCCCAAGACCAUUGCCCUGGCCAAAUCCAAACCCGAUGAGUUCCAUGCAGCCAUCGAGACCAUGUUGCAAUUGGAGAAACAAACCCGUCUGGGAGCCGAUAUGGUUUCAUGCUCUCGGGUGCUUGUUGCAAUUUGUCAAAUCUGUUUCAAUGCUGGCAACUGGAAUGCCCUCAAUGAAUUCAUCAGUCUGCUGGCCAGAAGAAGGUCCCAACUCAAGCAGGCAGUCAGUAAAAUGAUCCAAGAAUGCUGCACCUAUGUCGACAAGACUCCAAGCAAAGCAGUGAAACUAAGUCUCAUCAACACAUUGAGAUCGGUGACAGAGGGAAAGAUCUAUGUCGAAAUCGAGAGGGCAAGACUCACAAAAAUCCUUGCUGAUAUUAAGGAGGCCGAAGGAGAUAUCGCCGGAGCUGCAGCGGUCAUGGAAGAACUACAAGUUGAGACUUAUGGGUCGAUGGACAAACGUGAGAAGGUCGAGUUGAUCUUGGAGCAAAUGCGAUUGUGUCUGCUGAAGGAAGACUACGUGUCCACGCAGAUUAUUGCCAAGAAAAUUAGUAUUAAAUUCUUCGAUGACCCCAAGCAGCAGGAUUUGAAGGUAAAGUUCUACGAUUUGAUGAUACGUCUCGAUCGGGAUACGUCGUUCUUGAAGACCUCUCGCCAUUACCAAGCAAUUGCAAACCCUAAACCAGUUGUUGUUAAGGCCGACAAGGAGGAAACCCCCGGCACAACUCCUGCUCCAGCGACAGGCUCGCCAACUAAGGAGAAGAAGGAGGAAGAGGUCAUUCCAAAGGCACCUGAACUAACAAAAGAACAACUCGAAGAUCAGAAGCAAAAACUAAAGUUGGCGGUUAUCUACUGCAUCCUGGCUCCCUAUGACAAUGAACAAAACGAUAUGAUGGCUCAUUUGGCCAAGACCAAGAGCCUCGAAGACAUUCCCGUUUACAAAGAGAUUCUACGUUUGUUCAUGUGCAAGGAAUUGAUCAACUUCGAUGCCUUCGACGCUGAAUUCGGUUUCAUUCUGACAGAAAAUGUUAUAUUCCAAGAGAAUUCACUCCACGGCAAACGUUGCGCAGCUGAGCUGAAAGACCGUCUUAUCGAACACAAUAUCCGAAUCAUCUCCAAUUACUACUCUAGGAUUUAUUUGAAACGCAUGAGUGAACUGCUUGUCCUGCCAACAGACAAGUGUGAAGAGUACUUGUCUAAAUUGGCCAAUGCCGAUACGAUUCGUGUUAAAAUUGAUCGCCCCGCAGAGAUUGUUUACUUCACAACAAAGAAGACUUCGUCGGACAUUCUGAAUAACUGGGCUCAGGACACCAAUCAACUUAUGGCUCUGGUUAAUAAGACUUGUCAUUUGAUCAACAAGGAGGAAUGCAUUAACUCGGUUUUGGGUAUGGCUGUGGAAGCCUAAUCAGUUUUUUAAGUGCAGCUGACUGCGAUGUCGGUUUAAUUUGUAAAACAAAAAAAAUAUUAUAUUUAAAUAAAAUUAACAAAAAUGUUUUGAA